UAUAGAAAGCUUGGCAUUAUUUUUUAAUGUAACUUAUAUUGUACACCUAGUAUUUUUCAGGCAGUAUUUUAAGCCACAUUGAAUGGAUGCAAUGGGUUGAUUUGUCAAUUUAAUUCUGUUAACAGCUUCACCAUGGUGUUCCCUUUGCUAUUCCUUCACUGAGCAAAAGGAAGAAGACUAAGUGGUUACAAAGGAUUUUCUUCUUUCCAGGGAAACGAGCACUUCAGGCUUAUAGGUCUUUGUCCUAGGAAAACAUAGAGAACAUGUAAAUUUGACCGAUAGAGUCAUAGCUUUUGGAGGAAAGACACUUGUGAAACACACUGCAAAUGUCCAGCUUGUUAAGGGGGCGGGGCUUCAUAAGGCGCUUAGGUAGCUAGAUUAGAAUCCCAUCUGUCCUAAUUAACUUACUUCCCUGCUUCCCUAGUGUCCCUACUGAGUCAGAAAAGAAGCCAGAGCUGUUCUGAAAGGACAGGGUUUGUUUUUGUUUUGUUGUUGUUUUUCAUUUUCUCCAAUUGACAAUGAUUUUAGAAUUUUUGUGUACUCCCAGACAUGAACUUUUAGCUUCGAGGCCUUUUUUGGUGAAAGUUUGUUAGUGGGAAUUUCAAAACGCCGAUGCUCGCUUGAGAAUUUUGUCAUCCCAUUUCUUUGGUUUUGGGCCAAAUGAUUAUGUUUCUUCUUUUAGGGAAGAUUUCUCUGGGUAUUUUGAUAUUUUUCCUGACAGGAGGGAACCUCGUAUCAUUCUCAGAAGAGAUGCAAGACCCCAUGCGUGCAGUCUCCGCUCUCCUGCCUGAGAAGACCACAGAUCCUUCCCUGACUAUCAGAAAGAGACAGCUUUUGGCGCCCACAGAGGCUGACAGCAGGUGGCUGCGCAGAAAGCGGAGAUCUAUUCUGUUCCCAAAUGGAGUCAAAAUUUGCCCCAAUGAAAGCAUUACGGAGGCUGUGGCUAGCCACGUAAAGUAUUUUAAAGCCCGAGUGUGCCAGGAAGCCACCUGGGAAGCCUUCAGGACGUUUUGGGAUCGACUUCCUGGGCGUGACGAAUACCGUUACUGGAUGGACUUAUGUGAGGAUGGAAUUACAAGCGUAUUUGAAAUGGGCACACAUUUCAGUCAGUCUAUGGAACAUAGAAGCUUAAUCAUGAAGAAACUGACUUACACACAGGAAGCUGCAAGCAGCUUCUGCAGGGACCAGGCCUGUGGGCCUGAGUUGUCAUCUCCAGUUCCUGUUGGUGAUACCUCAACAUUGGCAGGUGCUGUUCCCAGUGCUUUGUAUCCAGGGGUGGCCUCAGAGAGCAGUGUGGUGUCACCAGAGGAGAGUAUCAGUAAUGAAAUCGAGACGGUGACAGAGGAGCCCACACAGCCUGCUGUGGAACAGAUAGCUGAAUUCAGCAUCCAACUUCUGGGAAAGCAAUACACUGAAGAACUGCGUGAUCCCUCUAGCGCCAUCUACCGACUCCUUGUUGAAGAGUUCAUUUCCGAGGUUGAAAACGCAUUCACUGGAUUACCAGGAUACAAGGGCAUCCGUGUUCUUGAAUUCAGGUCCCCUAAGGAAAAUGGCAGUGGGAUAGACGUUCACUAUGCAGUCACCUUCAAUGGUGAGGCCAUCAGCAAUACUACCUGGGACCUCAUAAGCCUUCACUCCAAUAAGGUGGAAAACCAUGGCCUUGUAGAGCUGGAUGACAAACCCACUGCUGUUUAUACAAUCAGUAACUUCAGAGAUGAUAUCGCUGAGACACUGCGCCAGAACUUUUUGAUGGGAAAUUCCUCUUUGAAUCCAGACCCCAAGUCUCUCCAGCUUAUCAAUGUGAAAGGAGUUUUGCUCCCCCAAACAGAAGACAUAGUUUGGAACGCCCAAAGUUCAAGUCCUCAAGUGACAACACCCUCCACUCUGGAUAAUACCCUUCAAGCUGAAUGGCUCUCAGCAGAUGAAUUCACCACCACCAAUAUUACACCACUUGAUUUCAGCUCUGGUCCUCCCUCAGCCACUGGCAGGGAACUCCGGUCAGAAAGUGCUUUGGGUGAUUUAGGGUCUACACCUAAAUUAGCCUCUCCCUCGAAGGUGGUCCUCAGUUCUUCCCUGGAGGUUUUAGAGGGUAGCAGCUUGACUCUUCAUUCUGUUACCCCAGCAGUGCUUCAGAUUGGCUUGCCUGUGGCUUCUGAGGGAAGGACUUCUGGAUCUUCCGUAUUAGAAGAUGGGCUAGCCAAUAGUGAAGAACCAGAAGAUGCUUCUAUGGAUGUAUUGCCUUCAAGCUCAUUAGUUCAACCUGUGCCAAAAGAAACAGUACCACCCAUCGAAGACUCUGGCAUGACUCUCUUGACAUCCUCACCACAUCUGACCUCUUCUGUCAUAGAAGACCUUGCUACAGACAUAGCUACACCUUCUGGCUUGGACUCCUUGGCUUCCAAAGUCACAGACCGGUUGGAUGUGAGCCCAUGGUUUCCAGACACCCCCGAAGAAAAAGAGUUCACUUUUGAAAGUGGUUUGGGUUCUGGGUCUGGGAAAAAUGAUGAUCUGACUGCUUGGCCAUGGAGUGAGACUUCAUUAGAGAAGACCACUGAAACAUUGUCAAAGUCAUGGCCUGAAGAUGAGUAUGCACUCUUGCCAACUGAGACUAUAGAAAAAUUACAUAUAGAUGGCAGAGUAGAUUCCACAGGACAAAUUAUUGAUCCUUCAGAACAUAGACAGAGUGAUACAUCCAUAAAUUUUGCAGAGGAAGAAUCCCUUGGCGGGUCUACUAUGCCCAUCUUUGUAGAAUCUGCAACUCAGUCCACAUCUCUAUUUCUUUCCAAGCAUACAGUUACCAAAGCACCCUUUUUACUGGCAGCUAUAGCAACCUCUGCUUCUACUGAGGAAACAGAUGAAGUGACUACCCUGAUAAAGGAAGUACAAACAGAGUCAUCCAGUCACAAAGGGCUUCACAGUGAGAUUUCUGUGAAGCCAGAUAUGCAGCCUGUGUGGACCACAUUGCCAGAAUCAGAUAUAGUUUGGGCAGGAACUUCUUCCUUAGGGAAAUUGUCCAGGGACACACUGGCAAGUACACCAGCGAGCACUGACAGCCUGUGGUUGAAAGCUUCUGUGACACAGUCCACUGAAUUGCCUCCAACAACCAGCUCCACCCAGCUGGAAGAUGAAGUAAUCGUGGGCGUACAGGAUAUUUCAUUAGAACUAGAUCGGGUAGGCACAGAUUACUAUCAGCCUGAGCUAGCACAAGAACAAAAUGGCAAGGUUGGUAGCUAUGUGGAAAUGGCUACAAAUGUUCACCACACAGAGAUGCCUGUGGUGGCUCAGCCCACCAAAGGAGAUGACAUGAUUCACACCCAGACCGAAGGAACAUUGGUGGUUUUCUUUAGCCUCCGAGUGACAAACAUGAUGUUUUCAGAAGACUUGUUUAAUAAAAACUCUUUGGAAUAUAAAGCCCUGGAACAAAGGUUCUUAGAAUUGCUGGUCCCCUAUCUUCAGUCGAAUUUGUCAGGGUUCCGGAACUUAGAAAUCCUGAACUUCAGAAAUGGCAGCAUUGUAGUGAACAGCCGAGUGAACUUUGCCGAGGCUGUCCCUCCAGAUGUCAACAAUGCAAUGUAUCUGAUUCUGGAAGACUUUUGUACUACUGCCUACCAAACCAUGAACUUGGAUAUUGAUAAGUACUCCCUGGAUGUGGAAUCAGGUGAUGAUGCCAACCCUUGCAAGUUUCAGGCCUGUAAUGAAUUUUCUGAAUGUUUGGUAAAUCCAUGGAGUGGAGAAGCAAAGUGCAAAUGCUACCCUGGGUACCUGAGUGUGGAUGAACUGCCUUGUCAAAGUCUUUGUGAUCUACAGCCUGACUUCUGCUUGAACGAUGGAAAGUGUGACAUUAUGCCUGGGCAUGGGGCCAUUUGUAGAUGCCGGGUUGGUUCGAACUGGUGGUAUCGAGGCCAACACUGUGAGGAGUUUGUGUCUGAGCCCUUUGUCAUAGGCAUCACCAUAGCCUCUGUGGUUAGCCUUCUCCUUGUUGCUUCUGCUGUCAUCUUCUUCCUUGUGAAGACACUUCAAGCUCAGAGUACCAGAAGAGAAAGACAGAGGCCCAUCAGCAGGCAGCCCGACAGCCUGUCAUCUGUUGAGGAUGCUGUGAAGUACAACCCUGCCUAUGAAAGCCACUUGGCUAGAUGUGAACAGUAUGAGAAGCCCUAUAGCCAGCAUCCGUUCUAUGGCUCUGCUAGUGACGAGGUGCUUGGUGGUCUGAGCAGAGAAGAAAUCAGACAGAUGUAUGAGAGCAGUGACCUUUCCAAAGAGGAAAUUCAAGAGCGAAUGAGGAUUUUGGAACUGUAUGCUAACGACCCUGAGUUUGCAGCCUUUGUGCGAGAACAUCAAAUGUAA